AUGCCUUUGAGCGAGAUUACCGGCAAGCUGGGUCUCAAUAGACGGUCGGACCGUGUGUUGAAACCCAACCAGAUAAAAAUACGGCCUUCCAAGAGCGCCAAUCGCGCGAUUAACGUGGCAAGUCUCACCAGAUCUUAUCUCCAUAAGGAGAUGCAAACACGCACGAAAUCCAACAUUGACGAAAUCACGCGCCAGAUCGGUCUGCGACAUCGAUCUCCAGACCACGAUUUGGCCACUGCUCGCCGCAGUGGCACGUUUUCGGGGAUUCUGACCGAUCAGCUCAAUGAUUACCUAACAAAUAUACACUCUGGAAACGCAGUUUUAGGGUACGAUCAGCCGAUCUCCAAGCAGCGAUUGCCAACCGUCACAAUAUCGCGCAUAAACGAGAUUUCGCCGCAUGGUGGCUUUGGCGUGUUUUAA